ACAGCUCAGAUACAGGGGUCACGUGAUUAAUUUUCUACAAAACAUUCAAGGAUUUAUUACAAGACUACCUAGAGAUCUCGCUACAAUUGAUACAUUAGUUGUUCGACGAACUGGACAAGAUUGUAGUACAUUCCAUGAUUUUAAAGUAAAGCAUGCAAAUAUCUUGGUUUGGUUAAAUUUUCUUAGAAAAAAUAAUCCAUUUUAUGCAAAUAUUGAAAUUGAUCACGAUAUAUUACAAACUUUACCCAAAGAUGGUUCUGUGUUUGAGAGAUUAUAUGCAGUACAUGAUGUUGAUUCAUCAGUUAAUGACACAGUUAAUUUAACCAAUAAUAGUAAUAUAAGCGAUAUUGUUAAUAUGUCAGAUAACUAUAUCACAUAUACCUUUGUUCCAAAUCCUGUAUCUAAGAAAACUGAAGAAGUUGCUACCUAUAAUUAA